AUGGGUUCGUUGCGGUCAGUGACACUUUUUAGACUCCUGUGUAUGACUCUUGGGCUGCUUGUGUUAUGUUUAUCUAGGCAGCGCCGCCUCACGUUUGGCCCAAGUAGUCACCAGAGGGGGUUACUGCACUUGCUCUCGGCGACGAAAACACCGCGAGCAGCAGCAGGAGGAAACAUACCAGGAUUCACAAUCAUUGCCAGUGAUGGCGAUGAGGCCGCGGAUCUCAAAGUUGGAGAUGUAGUUGGCUAUGCUUAUACAUCUACCGGGAGUGGCUUCUUGCCAAUGUGUCUGAGCCAUCUGGAGAACAGAAAUAUCAAGACGAAGCGGAGCGGCGAUGGCGAGAGACUUGCCGGCUGGGACGGAGGCUCUCACAAGCUGCAAGAAGGCUAG